AUGGAAGCAACAACAAAUACACAAAGUGAUUAUACAUUUAAAAUAUUAAUUAUUGGAGAAUCAGGAGUAGGAAAAACAGCAAUAUUAGAAAGAUAUUGUGAAAAUAUAUUUAAUGAAUCAUUAUUAUCAACUGUUGGAGUUGAUUUUAAAUCGAAAUAUUUUACAAUAGAAGGGAAAAGAAUUAAAGUACAACUUUGGGAUACUGCUGGACAAGAAAAAUUCCGAAAUAUUACUACAUCGUAUUAUCGUGGAACACAUGGAUGUAUUGUGACAUAUGAUGUUACAGAUAUCAAUAGUUUUGAUAAAAUAACAUAUUGGUUACAUGAAUUAGGAAAUGAAAAAUAUCAACCAGAAAUUAUUAUUUUAGGAAAUAAAAUAGACGCAAGAGAUAGAAAAGUUACAAAAGAAAUGGCAGAGAAUUUUAGUAGACAAAAUGGAGGAAUAAAAGUAUUUAAUUGUAGUGCAAAAACGGGAGAAGGAGUUGAAGAAGUAUUUACAGAAAUAGUUAAAUCGAUAUUUAAAAAUAAAAGUAUAAUGGGAAGAAUGAGAACAAAUACAGGAAUGAGGAUGGAAGAAGUACAAGAAAAAGCGAAAGAAAAAGAAUGUUGCUAG